UUAGGGCAGAAAUGUCCGAGCUCCCCGGUGGGUGGGGGCACCAAAGCCCUCCACAGGACCAGGGCAGACGGCGGCUCGUUUCCCGAGCCAAAGCUCCAUGAAAAAGAUUGAAGGCUGACCUUCCCGUCAAUCAGUCCUCGCUGUCGCCAUCUUGCGAUGACACAACGACCGUUCUUUCCUCACUUCCCAGAGGAGCAGAAACCUGAAGGCAAUAAUGGGAAAAUAAAAAUCCCCUGCAGGGUGUUGCUAAUGAAGCUCAUACAUACUGUAGCUCAUUAUCCGCCGCUGGGAAUUAGCUCACAUUUGACUGCCAUGUUGUCCUCCAUUGUGCUGUUUGUUGAAUGCACUAAGCCACACGCAUAUUUGCUUCUUAAAGGGGACAUUGGGUCUUUUUCACACAUUUCUGAGCUAUUAAUGUCAAUACAAUGCUGCAUUAUGCCAAGGUGUCAUAUAAUUAGCAAGUUAGCUCUGAGAGAAGUUUGGGGUGGCGCUCUGUGGCGUCACAGAGCCGGUUGAUGACUUCCUUAUAUGGGCGUGCCCGGCACAUGAUGUAGGUUACAUCAUCUAGCGCCCACCAACACCACAGAUACAUUGUAGUCCUGUGGGAGACUGAUGAGUAGUGUCUAUUUAUGGUGCAUUUAGGUACAUCCUGACAUUUCACCCGAAAUGCUAACAGUUUAUAAUGUGAACGGUGGAUGUGACCCAUGUCAUUUUACGGUUAAUUCAGACAUAAAUGAAAUUGCGUUGUGAGUGAAAACGUAGAAAAAUAAAUAUCACGUCUAACUAGAUUGAGCCUCGAAGGCCACCGUAGACAACAAUCCAUUUCCGCUUCCGGUAAGUGGCAGCGUUAGCGAGAUAUAAAUAACCAUAUUAUUCGCUCGAUGGCGGAAUAUUCCAGCGUCAAAUCAACCAAACUAGUUCUGAAAGGCGUAAAUAAAGGGAAAAAGAAGAAGCACAAAGAUAAGAAGAGAAAAGCAGCAGAUGAUGAAUCCAAACUUGAUGUUGUUGGCGGUUGGUGGGCCGUCCGCCAUUUUGGAGAGAUCAACGGCAUGGUUGCCAUAGAGAUGCACAACAACUCGUACAUCCACGCCCUGGACAAUGGUCUCUUUACUGUGGGCGUGCCACACAAAGAUGAUGAAGGACCCGACCCUCCUGAACAGUUCACGGCCGUCAAGCUCUCUGACAGCAGGAUAGCCUUGAAGUCCGGGUACGGCAAGUACCUGGGACUCAACGCAGACGGUCUGGUGGUGGGCCGCUCCGACGCCAUCGGCUCCAGGGAGCAGUGGGAGCCCGUUUUUCAAGAAGGAAAGAUGGCUCUCCUGGCCGCAAACAGCUGCUUCAUCUCCUACAGCGUCAGCGGCGACAUCGAGGCCACGAGCAAGACGGCGGGCGAUGGCGAGAUGGUGAAGAUCAGGUCGUGUGCGGAGCGAGAGGUCAAGCGCAAAGAUGACAUCGCAGAUGAGGACCGAGGCAACGUGAAGUCCUGCGAGGUCAAUUACGUGAAGAAGUUUCAGAGUUUCCAGGACCGCCGCCUCAGGGUGAACGAGGACGAGACGUCCACGCUGAAGAAAGCACGGCUGGAUGGGAAGUUUCACGAGGCGUUACUGGACAGGAGGAGCAAAAUGAAAGCGGACCGAUACUGCAAGUGAAAGACUUGACGUCUUUGUUAUGGAAAUGUGUAUUUUUUUUAAUGGACCACAUCUUGUGGUGUUAUCUUGGAAUAAACUGGUCAUGGUCAAAUC